AUCGCCACUGUAGUAAACCACAGUGAAACGUUUUAUCUCUUUUAAACGCGCUUUUACCAGGUCGUCCUCGGUAACUAGGACUUUGAAAAGUGCUAUAUGGGUAUAGUCAUCGCGUACAGUAUUUGUAAAAACAGUGAAGAACGUGAUAGUUUGCUGACGAGCCCUUAGUCGUGGACCCCGGCGAUCGGACGCGCUUGCACGGUGCAGAGGGACAUGGAUCCGUCCCGGGCGCAGCCGGCCAAGGAGGUCGAUAUAUAUCGAGACACAUGGGUCCGCUUUUUAGGCUAUGCCAAUGAGGUGGGAGAGGCAUUCCGCGCCCUGGUGCCGGUGGGCGCGGUGUGGGCCAGCUAUGCCGUCGCCACAGCUUACGUGACUGCCGAUGCCGCAGACAAGGGCCAGAAGGCGGCACUGGAACAUGGGGAGAAGCCAGGGAAGAGGCUUCGGGUGGGAGUGGCGGUGGUGGACACCUUCGUGUGGCAGGCCUUGGCCUCGGUCGCCAUCCCCGGCUUCACCAUCAACCGCGUCUGUGCUGCGUCGCUGUUCCUGCUGGGCCAAGCCACCCGCUGGCCCCUGCCCGUGCGCAAGUGGACCACCACGGCCAUCGGGUUGUCCACCAUCCCCUUCAUCAUCAAACCCAUCGACAGGUCCGUGGACUACCUCCUGGACUCCACCCUUCGCAAGCUAUAUGACGAUGGAGGGAAGCACGAGUCCUAACCAAGAUGCUGGACACCUGCCCCAGUUUCACAGGCUGUGGGAGUUCUGCUGGGGGGAAGAGUCAGGACUGUCACCGUUCCCUGCUGGCGGGGGGACUGUGUUGUAACGUAAAGCACAGAAACACAGGGAAUCAAUCGUAUAAGCGCUCUUCAUAUGUGUAGGUGUGUUAGGCAAAGUGAAUUUCUAGAUUUCAUUACUAGUAGUUCUAGCACAGGUAAAAAUCCAUAUGUAAAAUACAUUGUGUCCUACAUUAGAUACAGCUCCUCUGGCUCACACAGACAUCUUCCUUGCACUCUGGCCUCUCCCCAUGUUUGGGUUUUCAGUUCAACCAUCAGUUCCUCAACACAAGGGAGUGAGGGACUUCAGGAGGAUGUGGGACGUUUGCACACAUAUUAGUUGCCAUUAAAAUGGAUUUAUUGAAGAGCAAAUAUAUAUUUUAUGUAAGUCAGAUAUUUUACUUUUAUAAAAUCGGGGUGAACACAGCUACUUUGUAUUUUUAUUUUCCUUUCCUUCAGUCACUGUGAAUUGACUUGUACUUCACUGAAAUUCUCAUGCUGGAUUUGGUUCACAAUGCUUCCAGUGAGGAAGGGAGGUCUUAGCUCUUAUCUUUCUAAUGCUCCACUUGUAACUCUAGAGAUUGCACUAGAGACUCCUGGGGCAGACGAGGGCUUCACAUCUGGACACAUACUGUGCUAUGCAAUCUGGAGAACUGUAGCAUUGCGCUGUGUAAUGACUUGUUUUGUGUAAGUGAUAACAUGCAGACCUGCAGGAGGUGACUCCUGGUUAGUGACUGUGAUCCAUUCUGUUACUUUUCACCUGAUAGGUUCAGUUCAAAACACAUCAGCUCCAGCCUUUGGAACUAUCUUGCAGGUAUCAUAUGGACAUGCUCUUUUGCUUCUGCUGCAAUGAAUGUCUGGGUUAAGUGCUAACAGGCUAAGUAUCAAGGGUGUUUCAGAUGCAGAUUUUCUAACUUCAAACUAACUUCAAAUAAUUCCUUAUAUAUUUUCAAAUACUAAGAAUAAAACAAAGAAAUCUCCCAUAAGUUUUCUUAUCCAUUGCCUUUUUGCCUUUUGUUGGUGGAGCAAAUUUGCAUCUGGUGCAGCCUGUUUAUGCAAACCUUUUCUUUUGUUUUUUACCAGAGAACAUUUGUUGCAGAGGAGUAAGUACAUACUGUAUUGCAUGGUUUCACUUUUGCACAGAGAUGUAAAAGAGUGCCAUACAUACAGUAUGUUUUGUGUGUUUACAAACCUAUAUGUGCAAAGAUUUGAAGACGUUUAAUAAGCUACUGAUUUUAAUAGCAACCAAUUCUGGAACAUGACAUUACACCUGUGGUAUGGAUCUUGUUCUUCACCUCAUUAGCAGUGAUGGCAAAAUAUCCAGUGCCUUAGUGGCUUUUAAAUAUAGCUUCUACCAAUGGUCAGUUCAUCAGUUCUCCAGCCUUUCCAAAGUGUGUCAAGUCUGUUGAACUGUUUAUAAUGCAACUUGCAGAUGAGACUAUCUCAGGCCUGUACCUGUACUUGUACUUGUAGUCAGUAACAUGCUUGUUGGUUAAAUGACAUGGUCUGUUUAAUUUCAGGAAGGUUUCUCUGUACCUGGGUCACAUCUCCAUUAGUAUAUUACUCUUGGGACAUAACUCUUGUAUGUCAGUUUUGUUUUUGUGAAGUGUAUAGAAGCACUUUCACUUCAAUUUUGCAAGUUGCUGAAUGCACCAAAUUAAUGCCUGAGUUUAAAAAUGAACCCUUCCAUGAAAAUAAAACCUCUUUAAUCCCUAUCUCAGUUUCCUGGCUCUUGAAAUCUGAUCUGAAUCUUAAUCUGUUCCUUAGUCUGCAGACAUGAUCUCUUUGAUUUGACAAAUUUCUGUAGGUGAACUAACUAUUUAAAGAGGUAGACCCAGACAGAUGAGCAGAUGAUGUCAUGCAAAAACAUUUUAGUUUACACAGCAUUCAAAUUCAAGUUUCAGAUGCACUUCAUUGUUCAUAUACCUGAACAAAGUCACUUUGAAUCCCAACAGUAUGUCUAAAUUGUCUCAGAAAAUUUUACAGACCAUUCUGUUUACAUCUGUAGGAAAAGAAAUCUGACAAAAGUUAUUUUUUAAAACUUAUUUUAAAAGCCAUAUUUGUUGCAUGUGACCUACUGUGAAAGUGUUAAAAGCUUCUAUCCUAUAAUCCCACAACUUGUUCUUUAUCUGGAUAUAUGGGAUGAGAAAAAGUAAGAAAAAGUGACCCAUCAUUGUACUUAUGUUCUAAAUUGCUGUAAUAAUUUAUUCACAUUAAAUGUGGAUAUCGGAACAAAUGUGCCAUGUUUGUAAAAUCACAGUUGUGCAUUUAACUGUACAAAGUGAUUAAAUAAACGGUUUCAAAUUGUG